AUAGCACUCAACAAAAAGCCAACUUACCUAAGGCAACUUUAAGGCGUCCAACACAAAAAUUUGUCAAGCCCAAACUUGUUAAAAAAGAACAUUACAAGAAAGGCAUCCAAUAUAUAAAACUUUCUAACAACCAUAGAUCAAAGGAAAGUAAACUGAUAGCCAAAAGCUUAUCGACAGAAACAUACGACAUGGGAAGAUGA